GGGGAGGAGCCCCGGGGGGCGGGGCGGGGCGGGAUGGCGGCGCCGGCCGGGCAGCGUGAGGAGAACGGGUGCUGCGGCCGCGGCCCGCGCGGGGGCGGGGGGAGCCCCGCGGACCCGGAGGCGGAGGCGCCCGACUCGCCCCGCGCCCGCGCCCGCCGCCAGCUGGAGGCGCUGCUGAACCGCAGCCUGCGGAUCCGCAUGACGGACGGGCGGACGCUCGUCGGCUGCUUCCUCUGCACCGACCGCGACUGCAACGUCAUCCUGGGCUCGGCGCAGGAGUUCCUCAAAGCCAGCGACUCCUUUGCGGCCAGCGAGCCCCGCGUGCUGGGCCUGGCCAUGGUGCCCGGCCACCACGUCGUCUCCAUCGAGGUGGAGCUGGAGAACCUGGGCAGCCCCCAGUACCUGUGAGAGGCGCCCGGCGGAGAGACCUGCCCGAGGACCUGCCCGUGGGGCGCUGCCGGGCACCAGGACUGGCGGCCGGGGGGCGCUCUGCCCGAGGACCUGCCCGUGGGGCGCUGCCGGGCACCGGGACUGGCGGCCGGGGGGCGCUCUGCCCAGUAAAGCCUGUGGGGAGCCCA